AUUUCCUGUGAUCGAGAUAACAGAUCCCAAGUCAUACAGUACCACUUUGUUAUUCUGUAGUCUGUAAGUAGAUUGUAAUGCAACUCCAAACUAAAGUGGAAGUACUCUUUUUUGUAAAUAUAUAGUAUAACACUAGUUUUGGCAUAAUUGUAACCAUGCCAAUUUUUUUCAAUAUUUGUGACUAUUGGAGCAGGGCUUCUCGUAGUGGUGGGCUAUGUAGCAUAAGAUGGCCACUACUGGUGACCCUGGCCACAAAGAGUCUCUGUGUAGAAGGAGCAAAGCGUGGGUUACCAUGAAGUCUCUGCCAGUAGCUGAAGAGCCUCUGUGUGGCUAGCCUCACUGCUAGCAGGAAGUGUCGUCUUGGUGCCUCUCCACUCAUCUCAUCAAUGCAGCUUUCAUUCUGCCUUGGAGGGGCAAGAUGGAAGCUGUACAAAAGGACCACUGGUACUUGUUGGUACUCCUUAUCUUUUUCCCGCUCCUCAAAGUUGCCGUCCAGCAGAGAGAGAGUGUUGCUACGGUGAGUCUAGAAGAAGGGAUGGUUCUGGAAUGUCUGUGUCCGUGGGAGGGGAACCUCAGCAUGGUGUCCUGGACCAAGGUUCCGGAGAAGGAUCCUGUGGCAGUGUUCCAUCCUGACUACGGCGUGGCCUUCUCCCACCUGUACCAAGGCAGGGUGACCUUUAUAAGGGGCACACACCUGGACGGCAGCAUAGCCAUCAGUAACAUCAGCCAGCAGGACCUGGGCCUGUACCGCUGCUUUGUCCAGACGUUUCCUCAGGGCUCCUGGACCAGAGACAUCAUGGUGGAGCUCCACGACUCAGAAGAACCUGAGCUCCUCACCACAGCAGUGACUCCCGAGGUGAUCCAGGUUGAUACGGAGCUGGUGGCCGAGAGAAGCGACAACCUGACCAUCAGUUGCAAACACAAACACAAUGGGACCGUCUACGAGGUUACCGUGGAGAAGCUGGGUCUCAACCAAUGGGGUGGCGGCACAGGCAUCAUGGCGGUGUGCCGGGUGGUGGACGGUGGUCUGGUGGGGGAGGAGUUCCUGUCCAGGGGGAGGGUAUACUGUACGGACAGCCUGGACGUGAGUCUUCAGCUGACGGAGUUGGUGGAGGAGGACGGAGGAUUUUACCGCUGUCGUUUUUCUACGGAUGCUGGGGUCCAGACCACCACUGUGCUACUGACGGUGCCCGGCCCAGGUGAAUCCAGUCUGUCUGAGUACAUGAUCUACAUCUAUGUGGGAAGUGGAGCUGCAGUAGUUCUACUGCUCGCUGUCACUCUACUACUAUUUGCAUUGCACAGAAAGAAAAAGAGGAGAGAGGAAUACAGAGUCAGACUGCACCCGGCUCAUCGGCAGCACCCUAACACCUAUGAGAACAUAGAUUUACAUGACAAGAUGGAGGAGGGGAAAACGGCCAAGAAGCCUAGAGAAAGCCCAGUGUAUGCCAACGUGCAGACCCUACGACAGGAGAACAAGAGGAAGCGAUAGCGAGCACUAUUCUCUGGAGCAUCUAUCUGGUCUGAGGCCCGCUGUCAGAACCCAUCACUCUGCAUCUAACAAGCUGGGGUGGAUGAAUGAACCACAGACAGAGGCCCUAAACCCUAGGACUGAAACUCUGCAGUACAAGGCUUCUUUGUACUGUGGGUAGUUCUGUUGCCAUGAGAGGCUGUUAUUUUGCCUCAGAUGAACAGUGCACAUCUAGUCCAUGUGAUGUUCCUACAGAAAAACCACCGUAUUUUUUUGUGUUGCUAUGUUUAGAUGCAGCUAAUGGAAUGUAACAUGUUUUACAUAUUUACCACAAGGUAGUUUAUGUUCAUAGAGAGACACAGAUGGGAGAUUACAUCAGUAGUGAUUCCGAGCACAGAAGUUUGACUAAAACUCCUCUAAUCAUCCUCUCAUUUCACCCCUCCCGUUUCUACAAACCCUGACAGCAACUUCUAACUCAAUCAGCUUAGACAAAGAAUAACCCAAUCAGCCUGCAUCGUCCCAGAAGAACAGUCCCUUUGAUGAAUCUGCUGGGAGGGAUGCUACUGUACUGGCACGGCAUGUGGAUCUGGAUGAGCCUGGUUGCUCAUCAGCAAAGGGGGACAAUUAAUUAAGACAAAUGUUUAUAUUGUCUGCACGCCAGCCAUAGAGCACUGUUAUUUUUAUAACUAGAGGAAAACAGGAAAAAAAAAUUAGAUCAAACCAGUGAUUAGGGAAACUGGGAAUGUUUGUUUAAGAAGCACAAUUUUCUGACUAUCCUCCCUCUGUAGAGAUGGAGACAGUGGCACAGGGAAUGACUGAUGCAGCGUGUCUGGCUCACUGCUAGAAGACCGCACGCCAGAGGAAGUGAGGCGUGGAGUGAUGGACAAUGUACCUCUGGAACACAGGGUUGUCUUUUAAUUAAUUAAGUGUACAUGGCUUCCGUAGGAUGUUGGGUGUGGAGGUGUUUCCUGUUCUUGUAUUGAUCCCACGGACUAAAUAAAGAAUCCUUCUGUCAAA